UCAACUUUUCAAAUAGUGUUAUAAACGUGUUUAUCUUAUUGAGCGUUAAUUCACGUUUACUUGAUAAGUUAUUAUUUAUUAGUGCGGUCUACUCUAAAGCAAACAAUUGGACGUCUCGAAUUUGAGACAUUAUUUUUUUUCAAAAAUGUUGAAGUUACUAUUUUUAUGUUUAGUUUUAACCUUACCGAGUAUUUUUAGUGACAAAAUUCGUUUUGAUAACUACACCUUGUACAGAGUUUUUCCAAAAAAUGAGAAUCAAGUUCAGCUACUUCGAGGUUUACAGGACAGUGAUCCUAGGUUCGAUUUCUGGACAGAACCUAGUGCUUUGGUCAAUAAUGUAGAUGUUUUGUCCAGUCCUGAACAUAAAAGUGAAUUUGAAAGUCUAUUAAAGGCUUACAAUGUGGAGUUUGUUAUAUCUAAUCCCAAUAUUCAAGAAGCAAUAGACAGAGAACCAGUCAAAACUUAUACCAGAAGAAACCUCAGAAGCAUGACAUGGAAUUCCUACUACGACUUAGAUGACAUCAAUCACUGGAUCGAUGAUCUAGCUAUAUCUUACCCAAGUAUAGUAACAAUUAUAAAAGGUGGUACGACUUACGAAGGCCGUGAAAUCAAAGGCUUGAAAAUAUCGCACGGUGAAGGCAGAAGAAUAAUCUUCUUGGAAGGAGGAAUCCACUCAAGGGAAUGGAUAUCACCAGCUACAGUUAACUUUAUCACUAAUGAGCUUCUUACUAGUAAUGAUGAAGAAACAAUUGCUGCAGCUAGGGAUUUCGAUUGGUAUAUCUUCCCAGUAACUAAUCCUGACGGCUAUAUUUGGACUCAUACAGUGAAUAGGAUGUGGCGCAAAAAUAGAAGACCGGUUGGCAACCAUGUCGGUAUCGAUUUGAACAGAAACUGGAAUAAUAACUGGCUUGUUGUUGGUGCAAGCAGCAAUCCAGCACUAGAUACCUAUGCAGGUCUUGGACCAUUCUCAGAGCCGGAGACCAGAUCUCUAUCAACGUUCAUAGAAUCAAUUGGAGACAAGAUUGAUAUGUAUCUGUCCUUCCACUCGUACAGUCAGCUGUUGAUGUUGCCUUUUGGAAAUACGACUGAGCCUUUGGCUAACUAUGAAGAUGCUAUGAAGAUUGGUAGGCGUGCUAUGGGUGCUUUGUCGGUCAGAUAUGGUACUAGAUAUGAAACUGGAAACAUCGCUGAAGCUAUCUACCACGCAUCCGGCGGCAGCGUAGACUGGGUAAAAGAACGACUCAAAGUUCCUCUAGUCUACUGCUACGAGCUUCGAGAUAACGGCACCCACGGGUUCAUUCUACCAGAAGACCAGAUUCUACCGAAUAACUUAGAAGUCAUGGACUCGGUACUGGAACUUAUAUUGCAGGCUAGGAGAUUUGGGUACAUGAGCAGUGGCAAUAUUGUUCAUUCUUCUGUGGUUUUAAUCUUUAUGGCUUUGUUAGCUAAGUUAUUGCAAGACUAAUUUAUUUUGUACAAAGUAUGUUUUUUUUUUGUUGGUAAAUAAAAGCGGUUUUCUUUUGU